CAAACUAGAAAAUCUGGAGAGCAAUGGAAAUUCAAAAGGUGGAUUCGACGCGCGCUUUGGUGAGCCACUGGCGCAUUUUUCGGUUAACGGGGCUGCAUUCACCGUCCAAGGAAACUCUGUGGGGCCGCCACUACAGGGCGUACUCGAUAGUGUGGAAUGUGACGUUCCACUUCUGCAUGUGGGUGUCCUUCUCGGUCAACUUCCUGCUGUCCAAAUCGCUGGAGACCUUCUGCGAGAGCCUCUGCGUGGCCCUGCCGCACACGCUCUACAUGUUGAAGUCGUUCAAUGUGUACCUGCAUCGCGACGAGAUGCUCAGUAGCCACCGGUUGCUCCGCCACCUGGACAGGCGCUCGUGCUCCCCCGAGGAAACGCGGAUCAUUGAUGAGGGUGUGGCCAAGGCUGCGUUCGUGUUCCGGGUCCUUAAGCACUGUGUGAUGGGCGUGAUGUUCGUGGGCAUCCUGUACAUAGUCAUGGCCAGCGAACCCACUCUGAUGUACCCCUCGUGGAUCCCCUGGAACUGGGAGGAUUCCACCGCCGCCUACCUACCCACCGUCACCCUGCACACCUUCGCCCUGAUGGAGACGGCAAUGGUGGUCCUCAACCUGACCACCUACCCGGGCACCUACCUCAUCCUGGUCAGCGCCCACACCAAGGCGCUCGCCUGGAGGGUCGCCAAGCUGGGACACGAUCAGCAACUCCCGGCGGAUCGGGUGCAGGAACUCCUGAUCGGGUACAUACAGGACCACCAGGUCAUCUUGAAGCUGGUUAGAUCGCUGCAGAAAUCCCUAUCGAUGACCUGCUCGUUGCAGUUCCUCUCCACAGCCUGUGGCCAGUGCACCAUCUGCUACUUCCUGCUCUUCGGGCAGGUGGGGGUCAUGAGGUUUACCAACAUGCUGUCCCUCCUGGUGGCCUUUACCACGGAGACCCUGCUACUCUGCUCCAUGGCGGAGCUGCUCUGCCAGGAGGGCGAGACUCUCCUAACGGCAGUCUACAGCUGCAACUGGGUGGACCAGCCGGUCCACUUCCGGCGACUCCAUCUCCUGAUGCUCCAGCGCUGCCAGAAGCCGCUGAUCCUGGUCGCCGGGGUGAUAAUGCCCAUUAGCAUGAAGACCUUUUUGAUGAUGAUCAAGGGAGCCUAUACAAUGCUCACUCUAUUAAAUGAAAUGCGAAAAACGACUCUUGAAAGUCACUAGCUGAUGUAAAUUUGCGUAAAGCAAUACUCAAUACAUGGAUUUUCAACAGUCUCGUACGGUUAAGAAACUUAUUUAAAAUCCAAAAGCCACACAAAUAUGAUUAGCAACCACAAUUGCAUUAUGUUGAAUUUCUAAAGUACAAUAACUUCGACUUAAAAGUAUUGGUAUUAUAAUUUCUGUGACGUUUUUAAUUUAUAUUUUAAAGAAUACAACUAUUUGUCUAGGAAGAGUUAAUUUCAAGCCAAUAAACGAAACCCUGCUCUAA